GUUAAUGUUCGUCGAAUAUAUAUGAAGAUGGGGAGAUGAGCCUGUGUGUUUCUCUGUCAUUCAUCGAACGUAAGCAGGAACCAAUAUUAUAUUUUUCAAACCAAGAGAAUCAAGGAUUCAAUUUUUAGUUGUGUCUUUUAAUAAACACAGUGUUUGUCGGAGCAUAAUUUAAGGACAUCGAUAAACCGAAAGAAAAGAGUUGUUUUUUUCCCGUUCCCAAAAUGAGCCCAAUUCGUUGAAUGACAACAUACUGUGACAGCAACCCUCAAACGAAAAAAGCGAUGUUCGGAAGAAAAAAUGUUUUUUUUUCUCGUGUGUGAAUCCAGAUCAGUAAACUUCAAUUGCUGACAUACAAAAGUACUAAAUCAAAUGAAUUACUACUAAAUAAAGCGCUUUCUAUGAAAAUCGAUAAAAAAAUGUGUUAAUAAAAACUAAAAUCUAUUUUAAAUUUAAUUAAAAACUUACUUACACUGCAUAACAUAAUCUAACACACCACAAGGAUACACAUUUGAAGCAAAGAGAAAAUUUUCAUCGAUUUAUUAUGCUCAACCAUAGCGAUAUUUUCUUGUGCAAGUAAACGUUGAUUUUGUGUGUCCCAUUUUUUUUUUGCAUACAGAAUAUAUUUGCAUACAAUUUUUAAAUAUUGAUUGAAUCAGUGGUUAUACACAGUGGUUUUUAUACAGUUUCGAAAUCGCUAAUUAAUAUUUUUAUCUUUUGUUUUUUCUCUCGUGCAUUGAGAUGUGAAUGUUUCCCGUUGAUGUACCUGUUUAGAAAUUACCUUGUUGAAAACUAUGCGAAUUUAAGAUAAUAUAAUAAUAUCAGUCUUAAGUGUUUGUAACUUCGAACCGAUUCAACUAAUUACAGUUUAAGUAAAUUCAAUAGAAAAAAACAAUCGCCAAGUCUACUUGAACCUAUUUUCAAUCUCGAAAAAUAAAUAAAUAAUAUAAAAUGUUGAACAGUUAUAUUGUAUAACGAAAAAUGACCCCAUUUCGGCAACAAUUCAUACGUUCUAUUUGAUUCGAAUGGUUUGCGAGAGGAAUCUGCGGUAAAAAAAAGUAUAUACAAAAAAACACUAUAGUGCUAUCUUCCAUGCAUCAUUUGAAUGAAUUGAAAAGUGAUUGUCCAAGUGAAAUUCAAUAGACGAAAUUCACCACAUUGAUAUCCAAUUGAUAGUAGAUAAAAUAAAGUUUUGUUAAGGUUUGCUCAAGCCUUUGUUUGUUAAAGCUAAUUUUUAAAGAAGAAAAACUCACAAAAUGCCAGUUAAAAAACAAGAAGCACAUCGUGCAUUAGAAUUGUUGGAGGACUAUCAUUCUCGUCUUGCUGCACCGCAAGAUCGUACUCUACGGAUUGCCAUCGAACGUGUCAUUAAAAUCUUCAAAUCCAGACUGUUUCAAGCAUUAUUGGAUAUUCAAGAGUUUUAUGAAUUAACAUUGUUAGACGACACAAAAACGAUUCAACAGAAAACAGUUGAAACACUUCAAAUCGCAUCCAAAUGGGAGCAAGAGAAUUCACUAAAAAUCAAUACGUCAGAGACAAAAGUAACAGCUAUGAAUAAUGCUCAUUUGCCAUUAACACAAGCGUUAAUAAAUUUAAAAGAACAGCAAGAGUUGCAUGAAAUUCAGAAUCAACAACGUUUUAAAACCGAGAAUGAGAAAACAAUUCCGAACAAGUGUGAGUCCGUGGUAAACAAUGUUGAAACUGCUGUAAAGAAAAAUGAGUCGUCUUUGCAGCUAUCGGUAAAUGGAGACGAGAGUUGGGCACAUGAAGAAAUCACAUUAGAACGUGGUUCAUCUGGAUUGGGAUUUUCGAUCGCUGGUGGUACUGAUAAUCCACACAUAGGUGUGGACACAUCAAUUUAUAUAACAAAAUUGAUACCAGGCGGUGCUGCGUCAAAUGAUGGACGUUUACGUAUUAACGAUUGUAUUACAGCGGUUAAUGACGUGUCUGUUGUCAAUGUCACUCAUGCAACAGCUGUUGAGGCAUUAAAAAGAGCUGGCAAUUUGGUGAAACUUGUAAUUAAGAGAAAACGACCACCAUCUACACCAAAAACCGUUGACAUCGAUUUAGUAAAGGGAAACAAAGGUUUGGGAUUCUCUAUUGCCGGCGGCAUUGGAAAUCAACAUAUUCCAGGCGAUAAUGGUAUCUAUGUCACAAAGAUUAUGGAAGGAGGUGCUGCACAUGUUGAUGGUCGUUUAUCCAUCGGUGACAAAUUGGUCGCCGUUAGAACAGCAAGUCUCGGUGAACGCAAUUUAGAAAAUGUAACACACGAAGAAGCAGUUGCAACACUCAAAUCGAUUACGGAUAAGGUGACAUUAGUCGUUGGCAAGACAAAUUUGAACCUCAACAAUUCCAAUUCGAUUGGAUUAAAUAAUUCAAAUUCACAAUCAACAAGUGCCGUUAAUAGCGUAGGCCAAACUGUCGUGGACUAUGCACGCUCACAAUCACCAGCAGCUGCAGUUAAUUCAUCACGUGCACAUUCACCUCAUUUAGAGAGUUCGUCAAGAUAUGCAUCUUCAAAUGUGCUAGCAGCUGUACCACCAGGAACUCCAAGAGCAGUCAGCACAGAAGAUAUCACAAGGGAACCGCGAAGCAUUACAAUACAAAAAGGUGCACAGGGACUUGGAUUCAACAUAGUUGGUGGUGAAGAUGGCCAAGGUAUUUAUGUAUCAUUUAUUUUGGCUGGUGGACAAGCAGAUGCUGGCGGUGAACUCAAACGUGGCGACCAAUUGCUAAGCGUAAAUGGUGUUAACCUACGAAGUGCUACACAUGAAGAAGCAGCUCAGGCUCUUAAGAGCUCUGGUGGUGUUGUUAACUUAGUUGCUCAGUAUCGGCCAGAAGACUACAAUAGAUUUGAGGCAAGAAUUCAAGAACUGAAACAACAAGCUGCCAUAAACGCUGGCACCGGCACACUUUUGCGAACAUCACAGAAACGUUCACUGUACGUACGAGCACUGUUUGACUAUGAUCCAAAUCGAGAUGACGGCCUGCCAUCACGGGGGCUUCCCUUCCGACAUGGAGACGUUUUACAUGUUACAAAUGCAUCAGACGACGAAUGGUGGCAAGCGAGACGAGUUAUCGGCGAUGGCGAAGAAGAAGGUAUGGGUAUUGUACCAUCGAAACGACGUUGGGAACGGAAAAUGAGAGCCCGAGAUCGUAGUGUCAAGUUUCAGGGACAUGCAACAAACAAUGUUGAUAAGCAAUCAACGCUUGAUCGAAAAAAGAAAAACUUUACCUUCUCACGAAAGUUCCCGUUCAUGAAAAGUAAAGAUGACAAAAACGAAGAUGGUUCAGAUCAAGAACUCACAAAUGGGUCAAAUCAUAACGGUGAAACUAAUCAAGAUUAUCAGCCUUUUAUGCUUUGCUAUACACAAGAUGAUGCGAAUGCUGACGGAGGCGAGAUAAUCUACAGAGUGGAGUUACCAGACAUGGAGCAGAUAACACUAAUCUACCUGGAGAAUAACGAUGCUGACUAUUCUUCGGAUGAGAAUGUUUUAUCGUAUGAAGCAGUUCAACGUCUUUCUAUCAAUUACUCGCGACCGGUUAUUAUAUUAGGACCAUUGAAAGAUCGCAUAAAUGACGAUUUGAUUGCUGAGUAUCCGGAUCGUUUUGGAUCAUGUGUUCCUCACACGACACGACCAAAACGUGAUUAUGAGGUGGAUGGUCGUGAUUAUCACUUUGUUGGAUCCCGUGAACAAAUGGAACGAGACAUUCAAAACCAUCUAUUCAUCGAAGCUGGUCAAUAUAAUGAUAACUUAUAUGGAACUUCGGUAGCUAGUGUCAAGGAAGUUGCAGAAAGUGGCAAGCAUUGUAUCUUAGAUGUAUCCGGCAACGCCAUUAAACGUCUUCAAGUUGCUCAAUUGUAUCCAGUUGCAAUAUUUAUUAAACCAAAAUCUGUGGACUCCGUCAUGGAAAUGAAUCGUCGAAUGACAGAGGAACAGGCAAAGAAAACGUAUGAGCGGGCACUCAAGAUGGAACAAGAGUUUGGUGAAUACUUCACUGCCGUAAUUCAAGAAGAUACGAUCGAAGACAUAUAUACCAAAGUGAAGAAUGUUAUUUGGUCACAGUCGGGACCAACAAUUUGGGUUGGCUCAAAAGAGAAUCUUUGACCAUCAGCAACAACAACGUGGACAUUGCCGCCACGUGUUCGAGCCCGACCUGUCUCGAGAUCCGGUGUUAUCCACUGAAAAUGUAGCGAAUUUUCGUGCUAAAACUGAUCAAACUAUUUAAACGAAAUUUUGAACAAAUCUUCUCUAUAUCCGCUCCAGAUUUUAAAAUUCAAAAGAGAGAGAGAAAAAAAACCAUACAAACAAUCAAUUCAACAAAAAUUGAACAAAAUCUAUAACAAAUGAGAAAAGAAAAACCCAAUUGAAUGCCAAUAGAAUCGAGAAAAUUCAAAACGAAUUUUGGCAUUUAGAGAGUGCAGCUAAACAAAAGAGAAAGCAAACACAGCUAAACAAACAGUUGAUCGCGAAAAUUCGGUUAAUUUUAUUGUACACGUAAUUUUAUUUCGAGAUAAAUUUUAAUUCUUUUUUUUUGUGUAUUUAUUCAGUUAUUUUGUUGAAUAUUCAAUUUAAUAUAAAUCAGAAAAUUAAUCAGUUUAUUCUCUUGAUAUCAUCGUUAAUUGUAACCAAACCAUGACUUUAGCAUUGAAAUGAAAAAUAUAUUAUAGAAAUAUAUAUAUACAAUGAAAUAUAUCCCGAAUAAAACAAAGAAAAAACCACGACGAACGCAGGUUCAUAUUAAAUCAGUCAGAUUGCAAUUGUAUUCAAUUGAUUCCCACGUAGUCGUUUCUUGGAAUAAAUUGAUCUUUUAAAUAAUAAAUAGUAUUUACUCGUAAAAUAAAAUUCACAACACACACACACACAUACAAACAUACUAUUUUGUCCCAAGCAUUUCGUUUGAGGUCAAUUCACUUUUCUUCUUAUGCAUGAAGAAUCAAUCUACAGUAGAGAAUUAUAAUGAUCCCCCGAACAUUAUUAGCCCUAUAAUCACAAUGAAAAUGAACUUCAUCAUCUUUUCAGCAAAAGUUAAUGUUCAUCUCGAAGAAGAAUAAAAAAAAACAACUUAAUAAUUAUAUUUAUAUUUUGACAUAAGUGUAUAAAUCUAGAGUCAAAGUAAUCUGAUAUAUUAUAACAAGUUAAAGUGAAUUCACAAUUUAUGGGAAGCAAAAAAUAUAUAUAUCAAGUGCAGCUAAUAUUGAAAUCACACAGUAUUUAAAUUGAUUGAACAAUUGAAAGAAGAACAAAAAAAAUCACAAAAAAAAUAACAAAUAAAAAAAUAGUCGAACAAUUGUAUAAAGCGUACACGAUACCUUGUAAAUUUAUGUAUGAACCCUUUAUUGAAAAUUCGAAAAUGACAUUACGCACCGUCUACUUAUUAAUAGGUUAUAAUUCGUCUUUGAUCUAAAUAAAAAGAUAUCCUAAUCAUUUAUCCGAAACAAUCGAAACAGUAAUAAAAUGUUGAAUGUCUUAAAACAUCAAUGAUAGUAAAUUCCUCUGAACACCAUCAUGGAUUGGGAGCCCAUCUCAAUUUUAAGCAACUGAAGAAGCGAUACGCAAAUAGAUUUUAUUUGCAAAAAGAAAAUUGCUCUUUCUGAUCAAUUGAAGUUGGUAAAGACAUAUAUGAUACAUCUAGAUUCUAGAAUGAUAUCACUUUUUUCUAGAAAUAUCCAAUAGAUGCGACGAAUCUUAUAACGAAAAUAAAACUCAAUCAAUAUCGUCACUUUGAUGCUGAGUAGUCAAUAUAAUGCGAACAUUUAAAUCUACAGCGACAUCAUUACAUAAUCGUUACUUGUGAACACUAGCGAACUGUAGCGAAAUAAAUUAGUGCGCGACCAAUAUAAAUGUAUUGCUUAAUUUCCAUGCGGAUAUAUAAUUGAUAGAUUUUCAUCAUGGUGCAUUCGAUUAAAUGAACUGUUUCUUUGUGUCCCUUUGAAUUACAUUCACUUUAGUUAGGCUCCGAAAAAACACCAGUUUUAUGCACUCAUCAACAAUCAACAGCACAAUUUAUCCAUUUUGGAUUCACAUUAUUUAUUUUUAUUGUGUGUUUAAGACUUACGUUUUUGGUUGGAAUGUAUCAUUCACCGCGUUCAUUCUUUUUCAUUAGUCAUUUGUCUAUUAUAUUACCUUUUUACCAAUCUGUUUGUAUUCAGAAAGAUUUUUUUUUCUCUCAAAUUCUUGUUCUUCACCAGAUCAAUUUUCAUGAGAACUGAAUUUCGAACAAAAAAAAAAAACAACCAAACCUAUGAACUAUAUCGAAGAAAAAAAUAGUUAAUUCGGUCCUUCCAUAUGUUUUAAGUGCGAAAUAUCGCUACUACUAUGCCAUUUAUUCGUGUAACCGUUUUCUAUACAUACUUAGUCAAGACACAGUUUUUCUUUCUCAUUCGGAAAACGGGAACUGAAAGGGCUAUUGAAAUUGUUAAAAUAAAAAUAUCGCAAACUUUGUUUUCAAUCGAAAAUCGCUCAAUGUGACACAAGUGCUUUGAACGCAAUUCAAUCAAAGUUCACAUUGUUUGAAUUUUCCGAAUAUAUACUACAAAUAAUAAUAAUAAUAAUAAUAAAUAAUAUUUCAAGGAAGAAAAUGAAAUCUAUGAACGGUUAUGUUCGUAGCAUUUGUUUGCGAAACACACAAAUUUUUUUCUGCGCAAACAUGAAACCAAACCAAAAACAUUUAGAUGAACGUUGUUGAAUUGAAAACCCUUUUUUAGUAAUUAACAGUUGAAAUAAAAAUCAAAUCUCUUUACUUUGAAAAUAUAUUCAUUGCUAACUUGAAAACUUAAACAAAAAAAAACAUAUAUUACUAAACUGAGACAUUGUAGACUAGUUGUUGGUCAUUACAAAAAAAUUUAUAAACAUAAAAAAAGCAAAUAAAUAUGGUAUUAUUAUUGACGCCGAGUUAUAAAGCGAAUCGAAAGUUAUAAUAUUUCAAUAAAAAACCUUCUAAAACCCUGAAA